GGGCAUAAUUAAAACCCGUCCUAAAGUUAAAAUGCUUAAUUAAAAUCUCUACCAAUGCCACGGAAGAAAAAAGAAAAAGUUGACAAAAAGGGUCUUUAAUUAAAUUUAAUGUUGAAAAAUGAAAAUGAAACUUUGAUGUAAUUAAAACUUGAGCUUUAGUUACCCUGAACUUCAAGGUUCUUGAUUUCUUGCAUAAUUUAACGUUGGUUUUUUGAUACCUUACUUCUCUGCUUUACGAUUGCUGUUAACUAUUUAUCAAGACUUGAAGUGAAUCAAAUUCUUUCACAAAUCCUCGAUCUUUCUCCUCCCCUCAAGAACCCUCUGCAUUCUUUCAUGGCGUCCGAUCUCGAAGCCAAGUCUAAGGAAAAGUUUAUCGACGACAACUCCGAACUUGUCGUGAAACUCUACACUCAGGCCAUCACUCUUAGUCCGGAGAACGCCGAGUAUUAUGUCGACCGUGCUCAGGCCAACAUCAAACUCGGCCUUUACACCGAGGCUCUUGCUGAUGCUAACAAGGCAAUUGAAAUUGACCCUUCAAAUUCAAAAGCAUACUUGCGCAGAGGCAUCACAUAUAUGAAGCUGGAGGAAUAUAAAACAGCAAAGUUUUCUUUGGAAAUAGGCUCCGUUUUGGGCUCAGGAGACUCAAGAUUCACGAAAUUAAUAAAAGAAUGUGAAGAACUGAUUGGGAACAAGAUUGAAGCCGAAGUGAAAAAAGAGGAGAAAGAGGUGACAUUAUAUGGGGAUGCAGCUUUGGACAAGUGUUUCAAAGACAUGUAUAAGGACGCGGACGAGGAUACAAGAAGGGCGAUGGAAAGAUCAUUUUUGGAAUUGAACGGCACGGUCCUCUCCACCAACUGGAUGGAUGUGGGAUCAAACAAGCUUGAAGGUAUCGAGUUCAACAAAUGGGAUAUCUGAUCUGUGAUCUAAGUAUUUCCAUUUUCAUUUCUUCUCUAAAUAAAACCAAUGUUUUGCU